AUGUCUCUCGCCCAAGUACCACUCACUCUGAUCGCUGCCGCCACCGCCAAGAAUGGAAUUGGCAAAAGUGGCGGACUUCCAUGGCCGAUGUUGAAGAAAGACAUGGCAUAUUUCGCUCGCGUGACGAAGCGUGUUCCACCCUUUACGAAAUCUGCGUCCAAUGAUGAAUCCGAAGAGGAUUUGAAGAAGCAAGCAUCACGCCGGAAUGUGGUCAUCAUGGGCCGCAAAACCUGGGAUAGCAUCCCACAGAAAUUCCGACCCCUCAAGGACCGAACACAUAUUGUCAUCAGUUCGCAGGAUCGCUCGAAAUUGGAUCCCCUUCCUCCGGAUGAUGUGGUUGUCGCCGCAGAUAUAUCCUCGGGCCUGCAAUCCCUGCAAGAUCUGAUCCAAGCAGGCAAAGCACCGCCCGUGGGCAGAGCGUUUGUGAUCGGAGGCUCCAGCAUCUAUAAAGCCGCUCUGGAAUUGCGACAGACGAACAGCAUCCUUCUCACUAGGAUUUCAAAGGAGUACGACUGCGAUACGUUUUUCCCUGAAUCCUUGGGAGGAGAUUCCAGCCCUUCGGCAUGGCAGCGUGCUUCCCACACCGCGCUCAAGGAAUUUGUCGGCGAGGACGUUGACGAAGGAGAGGUCGUCGAUGGGGACGUCGGCCUGGACUUCCAGCUUUACCAGCGUUCAUAG